UCUCCUGCCAUGUGAAUGAAGGUCUGAAGAGGCGAAGAAUCACAGAACUCACUCGAACGGCGGGCGCCUCCCGCCGCCGCUUGCCUCGCCGGUCCAUGGCCGCCGCGCCGUCGAGGUGCCUCCUCGUAACUGGUCCGCCUGGCGUGGGGAAGACGACGCUGGUCAUGCGGGUGUUCGAAACCCUCAGAGGCUCUCACCCGAACCUCACCAUUCGCGGAUUCUAUACUCGAGAGGUGAGAGAGGGCGGAGAAAGGGUAGGAUUCGAGGUUGUCACGCUUGACGGCAGAAGUGGACCCCUUUCCUCAUCCAGGGUUUCCAGCUCAGAGUCUGUUAGAUGGCCUACCGUUGGGAAAUACAAAGUAGAUGUAUCAUCUUUGGAAUCAUUAGCAUUACCUGAGCUGCAGGUUAAGGAAGAAACAGAUCUCUUCAUCAUCGAUGAAGUGGGUAAAAUGGAGCUGUUCAGUUCAGCAUUUUUCCCUGCUGUAAUGAGAGUUAUCGAAUCCAAUAUACCAGUGUUGGCCACCAUACCCAUUCCUAGGCGUGGCCGGGACAUUCCAGGAGUUGCGAGGUUGCGGAAUCAUCCUGGAGCAGCUGUUUUCACCUUAAAUACUGCUAACAGAGAUACGAUGAGAGAUACUAUCUACAAUCAUUUAAGCAGUUUGUUGCAGAAGAGGUGAUCUGCUAACCUCCCUGCAUCUCUGUGGUCACUGGUUUGUCUGACAUAACAUGCAAACGAUCACAAGAAGUUUUCUUUCAGUAUUUAUCCAUAUAUCCUGUAAUCGAACAUGCAGUCGAAUCUUCUGGUCACUGGUUUGUGCAGUACCUGAAAUACCUUUUUUCAAGUUUACGGACCAGUGAAAGACAGUCAGAUUACUAUGUUGUUGUGCUCAAAUGGUUAACUUUGAAUGGACGAUAAGCAUAUCAUUCACUUUUUUUCUUAGCUAA